UGACGCAAUGUAUUUUGUUUAAAGCGCUUUAUAAAUAAAGAUGACUUUGACUUUGUUAACCUCUCUGUGUUAUCUGUUCCAGUUCCACCUGAUCUGCCGGCCCUGCCCUGGCCUCCUGACUGUUUUCUUCAUCCCGCUCCCGGCCGCACCCGCCGAAUUUCUGACCAUUACCGCCAGCUCCCGCAACUCGUAAGCUCAGCCCCCUUCUGUCCUCUCAUUCUGAUGGACAGUUUAUAAAGAGCAGGAGACUUCACUCUUCUCACAUUCAUGGACUUCUCUGCACAGGAAUAAAAUCAGAGUAUCCAGAACCAUGGGUGCCAAGGUUUCAGUCGUCAAUCAGACUCCUUACACCUGGUACUUUGACACCCAGGACAACAGAGGAUAUACAUACAUCGGUCCUGGCAGCACGACAUCCUAUGAAGAGUCUCUGGCAAUCCAUCGCUACAUCUACUUCAGAUAUGAAAAUCACUCGUGGAAUAGUUUUUCAUACGAGUAUAACACGCAUAAAGGCAACACGUGUUUUAUCCUUAGAGAAACCUACGACCGUUCCCAGAUUCAGAUGCACUGCACUUCUGAGGGCGGCACUCAUUACUGUCCCAACUACGGAAAAAUUAAAGAAGAUGAAAACCGGAGACAGCAGCAGGAAGAGGAGAGAAGACGUCAGGAACGACAAAUCGAAGAAGAUAACAGACGGAGACAGCAAGAAGAGGAGAGAAGACGUCUGGAACGUUUGGAACGUGAGCAAAGGAUUCAACAGGAGCUGGACAGAGAGAGUGAACUGUCCAGACGCAAGCUUUCUCGAGCAACUGAGCGGCUUCGUGAAAAACAGAGCUUCAGAGGUCAUGAGAAACAUCAUGAACGCACACAAGUUCUCCAUCAGCAAAUAGAAGAUGAUGCUGCUGCGAUUGAGUGGAACGAGGUUAUUGAUAUCGAAGAAAAAUUCAACAACCUUUUAAUUAAGUACCAGAUCACAGAAGAUAAAGAAAUGCAGCUGCUCCAGAUUUGGAGCAGGAUUAAGAUACUCCAGAAUGAACUUGCAGUUCAAUAUUGUAGAGAAAACAACCUUUCAGUAUGGUCUCAGUUUACCUUUGAUCUCUUACAGAGAAGCUCACAGUUCUUGAGGCAUCUCUACAGUUCAUUAUGCACAGUAGCAAUGAAGAUGCUAAAGAUGAUGAAGAUCAGCCGCUUGGUUGGGAGAAGUACCACUUUUUCUUGGGUUUGUUGGAGCAGCUUCAUUUCACAAGUCCAACUUUGGCCGAACGCAUUUUAUUAAAUGUACUUGACACAAUCUCAGAGC